UAAAAAUGUCAUUUAGAAUUUUUAUGAACUAAAUUGGUGCUCGGAUACAACGAUCUGUUAUUAGGCCCUGCUUCUGAGGGACACCUAACUGCCUACAAUGAGCUCGAAACAGUGCAUGUCGCUGCAGCUGGCAGACCCGCUGCUGGCAAAGCUGACCAACGAGUCUUGGGAAAUCCGGAUGCGCGCCCUGGAGCAGGUGGAGACGCGCUUCAUACGCUGCCUGAGUUUGGGCGAGCCACUGCAGUUCAAGCCGGUGUUACUCCUAAAGCAGCUAAUUCGCUGGUUCGCACUUCCCCCGUUGGCCACAGACCGUGUGCUGACCAUGAUGUUGGAGCUGCUGCGAUCCGAGUACGCUGAUGCGGUGAUUCGUAAGAUUCCUCAAUCGCGUUUAGAGACUGAACUGUCGAAAGUGCGGCGAAUCCUGGGUUCUGAGGAAUCGAAACGUGUGAUGGAUCUUAUGGAAGACCUAGAGCUGCAGGUGAAAGAUUUGUACGAUCCUGAACGAGAGAACGCUGAAAACGCUCGAUUUUCGGUAUGUACCGUAGAUCUGACUAGCGCCGGAUCAGAGGCAAGCAGCAGCAGCAGCAGCAGGAUAAGCCAACUAGAAGAUAGUUUUACGCCGGAGGACUAUGAGCCUGCUUGGUCGCAGCCUAGCAUGGACGACAUUGCAAGCAUGAAGAGUAUGCUCGAUAUGCCGAAUAGUGACACUGAACCAGACAGCAUUGAUGUGCAAGCCAAAGUUACCCACUUGGCCAUUCGGAUAAAAGAUUACCCAGCGGAGUAUUUACUUCAGACGCCCUUUAUCUUUCUGCACUUGGUUCGGCUUCAGAGAUACGCUGUCGCCAGCAUAGGUCACAUUAAUAGAGCGCUGGUCGCCUGCCUGAAGCAGUUCCAAAGGCGCCUUCAAGUUCGCCACAAAACCCUCAGCUAUGCCGCUAGCCUGGACCCCCCCGGAAAUCAGGGAAAACAGCUAAAGAUGGAGAGUGCUUUGAGAGUGCUGAUGGACAGCUGCUUAAAAAUACUUAACUUGAUGCUUUUCCACUCUACCACUCACAACUGGCACACAUUGGAGCUGUGUGAUGAGGCUAUUCACACCCAUAGCUUCCUAAAAAGCAAGUUAUCUCCUUUGGCCACGGAACGCUUGGCCCAUAUGGUUAAGAAACUGAUUUCAUAUUGUAAUACUGUUGAGGGCAAUGAUAUGUCAAAGCUGAUGGAAACUCUGACGAUUCCCCGACUUCAGUCGCUUAUUUGUAAUGACCUCAUACAGGACACAUUGGAGCUGAAUCUCAAGUACGACCAAGACAUCAAUCGUGAUUAUUCUAGAUCUCUAGUCCAGCCUAUUGUUCUGGACAGUUCAUAUCUGUCGUGCGUACCAAAUCGCAUGAAGUCGCUGAGCGACUUGAUUUGCAAACUCUCCGCAGAGCCAACUUUGUCAGAGCAGAAAUUGCUUCGCCUUAAGCGCGCCUACAGCGUAGCUUUGAACCAAAUGAUUCCUAAGACGCGUAUGGGAGCGGUGCAAUUAAUAAAUUCGCACAAACAAAUUUGCCUAGUGGUCAAUCAGAUGGGCAGCGAGACGCUGGUGAAGCUGCUGUUCGACGCCAUUCUCGAAUGUACGCCGCUUUAUGUGAGCAAUGAAAAGCUGCGACAGGAAGCCGAUUCUUUGCUAUACAAUCUGCUGGAUAUACAGGAUCAGCACCUUCGUGAAUAUGUGUACCGACUUAUGCCGCGGCCUAUUGUUUCACAUUUCCACUCAUUCACGAACAAAACCGCAUACAUGCCAGGGUGCAGCAACUUGGACCUGGCCCGCCAUCACAUUUUCGGACUGCCAUUGAGUUCUAAAGUGCUUCGCAAGCUGAUUCUCGACAGCUGGGAUCCUAAUGCACCGGACCAGAUUGCGCAGUGGUGCAUUGAUUACCUAACCAUGUUUCUGAAGCUUCACUGCGUACUGCCAGAUGCUGACUUCCACAAAAUGUUCCAGGUCGUUCUCCCCGUACUGUCUCUGAUGGUCUGUAGGUCAAUAACCAACAGUCAGCUUCACAAGAUACUGUGGCAGUUGUUCGAGCCGGAUGUCACGUGCCUGGAGCCACCCAUAAUGCUGCGUGGAUACGUCUGCUACUUGUACCACUCGGAUCCGAAGAUUCGAAAAGAUGCUACCGCUAAGCUUGCUUACCUACUGCAGUAUCAAGACCACAUGAAAAAAUACAGGCCAGCCAUGGACGAGCUUCCCAACGAGCUUUUCAUCCACGGACUCCAACUUAAUGAAACGGCAGUCGACUAUGGUAGCAUUUUUACGGAACGUACCUCGGAAUCAUUUCAGGGACAACGAAGUCUAGAUGCUCUGCUCCGCCUGUUGCAAACUAAAGAUUUAAAGCCGUCCAUUCGAAAGUCUACUUUUGCCCAAUUAAAUGUGCUGUUGCUAAACUGGAAAGCCUGCGAGGACUUCUCAACUCGUGAAGCGGGCUAUCCCCUAAUUCUUGAAGCCUUGCACAAUGCUUUGAGGAAGGAGAGCUCUGGCGAUCCUGCGGACAUUCUGCUGCCUGUCGUUAGUAUCCUGAUGAAGUUGAUGUUUCAAAGUCCGCGAUUUCGCAGGGAUCUUGCUGGAACCUAUGAGGUCUAUGUUUGCCUGUUAAGGGCCCUGCUUUUGCUUCCCCACGAUACGCAGUUGCGCCGCGACGGAAGUGUUUGCCUCUUCCAAAUGCUUUGGUUCGAAAACAUCAAUGCUUCAGAGGAAAAACUAAUAUUGGAUGUAGACUUGACCACAAUAAAGGUGCCUAUAACCUACGAAAUGGAUCUCACAUUGAAGCCUACACUAGUGGCUGAGGGAAUAUCUCUGGAAGAGCAGUUGCAGGAGUCCUAUUUUAAUGGCGACAGUUUCCGAGCCGCCCUCCACUGGCGUUUAUUUGCAGCGCUUCGUAUAUGCCAAAGCCCAUCGAACAUCAACCAGGAUGCUAUGCAGCAUCUUGACAUACGCAAUUCAUUGAAGAUCAAAACGAGCGAUGUGGCCCUGGUGAAGGCAACCCAGCUGGAUAGUCAGCUGCGUAACCAUCUAACCAUCGCUAGCAAUUGCAGCAGCCACAAGGACUUGGAGAAAAUCUUGUCAGAACUUCAGCUUUUCCUAGUCUUCAUGCGAAAUGAGGUGCCACCGUCGGAAGGUACUGCUAUUUGGCAGUUGAUCCACAAGUAUAUGCGUUCGGUUCCGGGCAAUGAGGCCGAUUGCGAUUUGUACAAGUCUGUGCUGAGUCUUUGCCUAAGUUGCCUGAGGCUUAAAAUGCCCCAGGUAAUAAGCGGUUUGAGCAAGGUCGUCGAAUCGGAUCCUCAUCACAGCACCUUGCUGCUCCUGCAAAACCGCUCCAUCUCGCUGGAUUUGUUGGACCUCAUCAGCCAAUGUUUUUGUCACCUGAUUGCCGCCCAGGACGACACCGUAGAAACAAACUGGCAUGGAAAACUUUUCAUGCAACUGAUCGGGGAAGCCCGCGCUCAUUUUGAUCUUCGCCAGCUACAACAUGUGCGUUGCUUUCUACGCAUUCUGGGGCGGCUUAGUGAACGGAAACUGCGCUUUAGUGAAGCUCAACUUAUGGACUAUUGCGAGACCUUCAUACAGCUCUCGAGCGAUUUGCGGACUUCAACUCAAACGGGAGCACAGUGGCAGCGGGACUGUUUGAAAGUCAUUUGCCAAUUGCAGACACAGAUUGAACGACUUCCAGGCGGGCAACAGGCAGUUGUCAAUGAUAAGGGAUUGACCUUCAAGGUGCUGCGAUACCUUUUGGGCAUGUGUGGCCACAGUGACUGUGAGGUGCGUGCCCUUUCUUGGGUGGUAAUGGCCAAUUGGAUCACGGCCCGUUCUGUCGAAAUAACCGACGUUCUGCCCCGUCUUAACUAUUUGCCCGGUGGGUUGCCUGCAUGUUGCUUGACCACACUUUUGGACAUUCAUGAAGUAAUGCUUGUAAGACAGCUUUCUGGUCGCGUCUUUAUCCUGUUAAUGCCGCUCAUUGGGGCAGAUGCUUGUAUCGAGUUGCUGCGCAUUCAUGACUUCCACAAGGAUGCCCACUUGGCGCUAAAGGCCUUACACGUGAGUAAAUCGAUAGAAACAAAGCUGGAGGGCCCACAACACUCGUGCGAAAUACUUAGUUGCUAUGUUGGCAUUUGCUCUCAGCUAGUUGUAAUGCGUCCGGAGUGGUGUGCGACGUUGUGCGAGCUUAGUUUCAUGAACUGCCUAAGUGAUAUCAUGAAGAUACCGCCGCCACCGCCGCCUAAAACCCACUCCAAGGCGUAUUUAGAGCUGUGCAUUGGGAAAAUAUGCGAGCUGUACGCCUUGUGCUAUCGUGAUAAUUUUGAGUUCCUGAAGCGGACCAUCUGCCGGGACAGUGUGUUGCUGCAAUGCUUCCUUGCGCUUAUUAACAACGUCCUAGAUUUGGAAUUACCGGAAACCAUGAUAAUUCAUCUAUUCAAGUUGUUUCUCGUGUUUUGCAAGGAUUCAAACGCCUAUGAAUUUUUAUGUGAGCAGUUCGCUGUACAGGAGCCCCUGUUUUUGGACUUCUUUCUUUAUGGACUGCAUUUGUCCUACAAGGACACGCCGUUGCAACGCUAUACGCUGUCAUCCCUGUCCAUGGUUUUCAUAAAGACACAAAAUGCUCCGGAAAAGACGAGGCUGCUUAAGAGUUUGGAACUCUAUGUUCUGCCACUGGAUGACCUUGAACCGAGUGAUGAAGAGGAGAGUGGUUCGCAUGGGACGGAAAAGGCUGUAAAUACUAUAAGUAAGCAACUUAUAUCGGUGUGUAUGCAAAGUCCACCAUCGAAGGGGGAUACAGAUGCUCAAUGUCCCAAAUCCCCAACAUCCUCGAAGAUUACCAAUGCUGUAGUAUUGAUUUACCGCCGUCUGGAUCGUCUUUUUGAACUUUACUAUCCACCAAAGUUGUUUAACUUCCUGCAUCCUCCCAGCGCUGGUCAUGUUCAGAUUUGCGAGACCCUCGGCGGAUUAUUAAAAAUCUCGCCUUGGGCUGUUCAUGCAGCUAGACAGCUGAAGCUGCUGGACCGUGUCCUUAAUAUAUUGGACACUUUCCUUAGCGACACAAACAUUGGAAACGCCUGUACCUACGUAAAGCGUGUGGGGGCCCAUAAGUCGAGAGACAUACUGAGUAAUCUUCUGGUGCUCUUUAAUAUGUUGGCCCAAUGGCACAGCUCUCAUCAUGCCGUGAUAACUCAGCCCACAUUGGCUGUGACAACUGUGAAACUUCUUAUCCGCAUGUGGCCCUGGUUAUCGCACUCAGCUCCUUUAAAAAAGUUGACCGUCCAGCUGGCCAUGUUCCUCUCAGAGCAUUCUUUCGAAAUUUGCAAGCAGAUAUCGCUCGUUCACUCCGGCCAAUCGCAUUCCCUGCUCCAGCUAAUGGCUCGCGUGGCUGACCACGAAACGACUAGGAAGGAGACCUCUCAUAGUGCGGGUAACCAAUGUGUGGUGCCCGCAUUGCGCGUGAUGAUCAACUGUUGCUCCAGCGCAGAGGGUCGAUUGAGCUUAAGUAAGAUGCAUGUACUGGAUAUGUUCGACACAAUUCUUCCAUCAAACGCUUCUACCAUCAACUCUUUAAACGUAGCCAAAGGUUUGAAACCCUUGGUUUUUAACGCUUGGCUGGGGUUUUGGGAGGUGUAUUCCCGUUAUGACGUAGGAGCCAAGGUGUGUCACCUUCAUUCGCUUAUUACCGCUGUUAGAUAUUCAACGCCACUACACUACAUGAGAAUUCUGUGCCUCCGCAUUCUCCGCAACAUGUGCUUCUUCUCUGGAAAUCGAACUCAACUUGUGGAGGCGUCAGAUUUUAUUAACUUACUUCGUGAUAUUAUAAACCAACCUGUUAGAGAUCUGGACGGAAUCGGGGACUCAAAGUCCCAUUUGAGCUCGUUGGAGGAGCACCGUCUAUCUGUGCUAAUGGUGUGGAAACUAUUUUGCUUCGGAGCCAAAUAUAGAGGAAUGCUGCGAGGAACUAAACUGCUAAAAAUACUGACCGGCCUGCGACUACAGUUGACAGUUUUGAAAUCCGAGAAACCGGAUCGAUACUCAGACAUUCCAUAUGCAGAAGACGUCGCCGGACUGCUGAAAAACAUCUAUGAGUCCCUGCAACAGUAAUCGGCGCAUUGUUGUCCACAAAACUGACCAAGUACAAACCGUAGGUUAGUGUAGAUGUAACAAAAUGUUGAUUUUCAUAUGUCUUUUGUAAAUGGACUUGUAAUGUAAUCAUUAAAUCAUGUACUUACCGGAUAAAUAAUUGAUACACUCAUGUUAACCUUAGAAAAUCUUAAAGAAUUCAAACUUAAAUUUGCUACAUACCAUAAAUCGUAACAAUAAAUAAUUUAUU